ACAAAAGCCACUAGCUAAUAACAUCACUCUCUACAUUCUUUCAUCACUACUCUUCUUCUUCUUCUUCUUCACUUUGUCACUUGCUUGGCUUCUUUUCUUGGUUUUGUAUUCAUGGAAGUUUCUCAAGAUUUUCCCGAUCGCUCGUACGCUUUCAAAGGAAAGCGUAGCAAGCGAUCAAGACCCUCGUCCCCGUUUGACAUAGCGGGGACGAUGGUCACAAGUAGCUCAUCGGUCGCUGGCGGGAGCGAUGAUGGUGGUGGUGGAGGUGAUGUUUAUUACUCUUCAGCAAUAAUUCAGUAUUCACCAACCACUUCUACUACUCAAAUAUCAACUAGUAGCACGUCCGAAGAAGAUGAAGACAUGGCCAAUUGCUUAAUUCUGUUAGCACAAAGCGGACGAAAAGUACAAGUUGUAACUGAAGUUAAAAAGGAGAAAAUCAGCAGCAGGAAAUUCACAGAAAUGGUCAAUACUACAACUGGAAAAGCUGGUUUUUUUGUCUACGAGUGUAAAACUUGCAACAGAACUUUCCCUUCAUUUCAAGCACUUGGUGGGCACAGAGCUAGUCAUAGAAGGCCCAAAACCAUAGUAGAAGAGAAAAAAUCUGUCACUAUCACUGCCACUGCCACUGCCACUGCCAUGGCUUCUGCUAGCACUGCCAUGGCUACUGCUAGCGCUGGUGCUGACUCGCUAGUGGAAAAUCAUGACGAUAAUCAUGUAAAAAAUGAUCAAGAAGAAGGACGGCUCAAUAAAAUUAGUGCAUCUCUUUCAAUCCAAAUAGUCAACAACAACAAAGGUAUCAACUCUCAUGGUAACAGCUACAGCAAGCCAAAAAUCCACGAGUGUUCAAUUUGUGGGUCGGAGUUUUCAUCAGGGCAAGCUUUAGGUGGUCAUAUGAGAAAACAUAAACCACCUACUACAACAACUGCUACAAACAGUACUAAGGUUUCUACAAAUACUCAUAUUGAGACAAUUAACAAUUUUUCAGAAUCAUCACAUGAUGAUGUUGCUACUAAUAAUUAUAAGGAGGAGGAGAAAUCUACAAGAAAUUUUCUGUCUCUUGAUCUUAAUUUGCCGGCGCCACCAGAAGAUGAUCGCCGUGAAACAAAAUUUGAACAAAGUCUUGUCUUCUCCGCUGCCCCUUUGGUGGGUUGUCAUUACUAAUAAUUAAAAGAGGAGAGAUUAUUUUUUUUUUCCUUUUUUUAGUUUAUCAGUUUUUUUUACACUUAUUGAUCAAUUAAUGUGAAUUAAUUUGUCACAAAUUUGUGAUAAUAAAUUAGAAUUGUUGUUAUUAAUUUUA